CAGCUGCAUUAAAGUCGGUCUAUUUCUUUAAUUUAAUUAAUUUAUUUGUGAUUUAUUUUUUAAAAAUAACUUUCGAAUACGGGCUACAGGGUGUACGAUACAGAAUUACCAAAAUAUAUCUUAAAUAUCUGUACGCUAUAACGUUGCAACGGUACACAUCGGUAUAAUAUAUAUGCAUCGAAUUGGAUUGAACGUCACUAUAAACAAAGGAAGAAAAAAAACGUCACAACAAAUCCAUUCUGACGAAAAGUGUAAACGUGUGAAAGAUGCCACCGAGAAAGAAAAUUAAUAUUCAACGAAAUAAGAAGAUGCUGGAAGGUAAAGCAAAGAAAAAAGUGACAGUCAAUGCCGAAAUUGAAUUAAGUGGAAAAAGUCCGGACGCUGGUCGUUGUUUGGACGAAAUGGAAUUGGAUUACACUGAAACCGCUGUUUGUUGCUUGGCUCCGCACAAUGUGGAUUUGGAUUUGGAUAACAAUGAAGACGACCAAUUCAAUCGAAACAGAAUCGACAAUGUGGCAGACGACGAGCAGUACAUCCUUGAAAUAUGCGGUCUUGAGCAUCAAUACGUUCAGAUGGACGAGGAUGAGUUCGACAAUGAAUGGAAUGAUGUCGUGGGUGAAUUUGAAGUACCAUUUCGCAAAGCAAAACUGCCAUCAACGAUGCCGGAUGGUGUCGAGAUGCUGGAAAUGGACGAAAAUCGCGUCGUUCAAUUUGUCCCGUACCAGAAUCUUAACCGUGACGGUGAGAAACUAUAAUAACAAUGCAUCGCCGUGCGACUUCUUUAACGAUUUUUU